CAUUUGAAAAGACGGCGACAUGAAGACGGUGAAGUUAUUGCAAAAAUUUAGGAACACGUUUAAUAACAAAACAUAAGAAUAAGAUUAUCGACCUCUAUUGAAAAUACAAGUCAAAGUAUUUUUGUAACUUGAAGCAUUAUUUUUUAAAAUCUGAUCGUUAAGAUUUUCCAUCGUAUUUAUUUCUCAUUUCCAUCCUACGUGAGGUUAAAUAAGUUUAAGGGUUGCUUACGGAUGUUCGGUAACUUAUGUAUAGUGGACGGCCAAGGAAUUCUGGGAUACCAUUCCUACCCUGGGUUCCUGAGCAUCAAGUGUCUGGAACGGGUUGCAAAGAAGGCGUAUUGGUGCGGGAGUGCGGAGGAAGAAAGAAAGAUACGAGAGGAAAAGGUAUUCAUACCGAAAUAUGCACCCCUUCAGAGCUCGGCUAUUUCAAGUGGCCUUCUUCGUUCACAUUUGUUUUCCACGUGAUUUUGGCGCCCCUUUGAAGAGUUGGAUCGCCUUCGGCACCACCUUAUUCCUGGUUGAUGGAGGGGCACGUGCCCCCUGGCCCCCCGGUCACAGCUAUUGGAUACAGUUUGACUUGGACGAAAGUGGCCAUUACAAGGCAGCUCAACAUGCUUAAGCUAAGUUUCAAUAAUCCUAGAAGUGUUUUAAUGACGAUACUACUAUUGGCAAUUACCAUUAGAAAUGGCGAUUCCAGUUUCAAUUACCCUAACAUCGAAACACGCCCAAAAGUUAACCAACACGGAAAACCAUACGACACUAAACGAAAACUAAAAUGAUUGUUACUGUCUAUCAAAGAAACUUGUAUCUAUUGCAUGACUGAUUCUGUUCAAUGUUACUUUGUUCGUGGUUAAGUUACCAUUACCUCCGGAAUAUAAGGACGCACGAAGAGCUGUGGGCUGCAUGGUCUAACCGGCAGAAAAGAGGUAUAGAAGAGUAACCCGGCUGCAGUUCUUCCAGAUUAGUUCUCCUGAAGAUGAGGUCUGUGGUUAUUUGCUUGCUGCUUGGAUGUGUUUUUUCAUCGUCAGUUUCUGCAAAAAUACACUGGUUGGACGAAAGUGAGCAAAUACUUGAAGCCAUCAGGAAAGAAGAUGAUGCCCUAGAUCUAGAAGACAACGUAAAUGAGAAAGACCCGGUUGAAUCUUUUGAAGAAGAUCUCAUGUUGGCAGAGGCUGAUGGCCACAAAUUUGAUUUGAGUGAAAUUGAAGAAGAAGAUGGAGCACAAUUUUUCUCAAUAAAGAAAGAUCCGAAGCCUAUAUUCAGGCGGUUGUUUAGAAAAGCCAAGAGAUUUGUCAAGAGAAUUGGUAAGAAAGUUGGUAAGAAAGUAAAGAAAGCGAAGAGUAAGCUGCAGAAAAUUGGAGAACGCAUCGCUAAAGCAGGGAAACACGUCAUCCGAUUUUUCAAACGAAGAACAGUGUGCUACCCACCGUUUGGAUGCUUUAAAAACAGAAGUCCUUGGAACAAAAUCUGGAAUCUAUUACCACAGAGACCAAGUCAAUUGGGAACGAAGUUUAUUUUAUACACAAGGGAAAACGAAAUAGGAAGAGCCAUGCACAUGUUCGAUGUAGAUGCAUCACAUUUAUCAAUAAGCAGAAAGACUAUCUUCCUAAUCCAUGGAUGGAAAGAAACCCAAGCAAGUACAAAAUGGAUAAGAAAAAUGAAAGAUGAACUUCUAAAACGUGAUGAUUUCAACGUCAUUGGUGUAUACUGGGGUAAAGGCGCUAGAGAGCAGUACUUUCAGGCAGCGGGCAACAGCCGGCUAGUUGGGGCACAAAUCGCUUACCUCAUACAGCGUCUUCAUAACGACUUGGGGUUGCGCUAUAGCAAGGUCCAUUUUAUUGGUUUCAGCCUUGGUGCUCAGAUUGCUGGGUUUGCAGGCAGAAGACUCCGCGAGAAAGGACAUAUCAUUUCACGUAUAACAGGGCUCGAUCCAGCUGGACCUGUUUUCGCUCUCCAGCCAAGGAAAGCCAGACUUGAUUCAACUGAUGCUCGAUUUGUUGAUGUUAUUCACACAAGUUUCCUGUAUUUUGUGGGGAUCAAAGACAGAUCGGGAGACAUUGAUUUCUACGUUAAUGGCGGAGGAGCUCAGCCUGGUUGCGGAUUGAAUAAGGUUCCACCAAAAUGCAGUCAUUUCCGUGCUGUGGAGCUUUUCAUCAAAAGUAUAAAUCCACCUUGCAAAUAUCGCUCGUACAAAUGCUCAAAUUACACAGCAUUUCGCUUUGGUUACUGCAAAAAUGCAAGAUCCACUGUUAUGGGAUACGAUGUUAGCAAAAGAGCAAGAGGAAAAUACUACCUCCAAACAAGCGAAACUUCACCGUACUGCUGAUCAACUGAAGGUGGAGAUAUUCGCAAAUUAAAACCACUUUCACUUUUCACUGCAAUGGACACAUUUGAUAUCAUUAGCAGCAUUAGGAUGGAACUACAGCUUCUUUUAUAUGAAUUUAGAACAAAUGUUGAUUCAUUCAUAACGUUUUAAAGGCAUUGAUAGAUUAAAAAAUAAACCUCUGCAACAAAAGAAAAAAAGAAACAAGCUCAGUUAAACAUGUGUGACUCUGGUCUACGUUGGGGUUCAAAUUAAGUGGCAUUGAAGCCAAUGAAGCACUGCCUUUCACAAUCUCUUGAUGCCAUGCCAGGGCAUCUAGAUACUCGAAACCCUUUUCUCCCACUCAACCUCUUUCUUUUUCAUGGCGUACGAGGGUCUGGAACUCAGACAACUACUGGUCAGAAAAAAUAAGUAAUAAUUCUGUCAGGCAAGACAAUGGUUUGUUAUGCGUUAUUCUCAAGGCAAAAGUUUGUUCAAUCGAAAGAGUCCAAGUCUUCACCACACUCUUAUAAAAACAUUUAUUCAAGUACCCAGGUUCGAAUAUGCACCUAGAAUAUUAACAACUAAAUAAUCCUCAGCUACAAUCUUUGCCAAAACCUUUUGAAAAAACGCAAUGUAACGCUAUUCCUGCCUCUCCUGACAGCCCAGAUCCUAACACUGUACACCCCCUCGCCCCCUACACAAUGUUGAUUUGCAAUAAAUAUUUAACAUUGCUUGGAGAGAAAUGGGCCUACGUGCAAGUUAAGGAAACAUUUUCAGGUUUUUUUAGCGAGGAUUGUAGAUCAGAAUAAUUUUUUGCAUGAGCAAGCCUUAAACCAAGCCCUUUGAAUAAAUCAAAAGUCCACACCCACGUACAAUUACUUGGUAGCAAUGUAAAAGUCACCUAGGGUACCGACAAUGCGACAAUUUGAUUGCGAUCCAGCCCUCCUGGGAGACGCAAUGUGGAGAAGUUUCGGUUCACCAUAGGCACAAAAGUCAUGGAUCGUAGUGGUAUGAAGCUUGAUCGGCUGACUUUAUAUACAGAAUUUUCAUGCAAAACAAUAGAGCUUUCAUCAAAA